AUGGCCGCCGCGAUUUAUGACACCGUGCACAUAGGUAGCCUGCCUCCAGGCACAACCGACGCAUCCAUCAGGCAGAUCUUUGGACAAUAUGCCCCUAUACACAUUACAAACAUCUUGGAAUCAGCUCCAGGGCAGGCAGUGGAGGCCUUGGUUGGAGUUGGGAAGGAAGCAUCCGCUUGGCUCGUCCAGAAUCUGAACGGCAACAUACCGCAAGGCAUGUCUACACCAGUGACCAUUCAGAUGAUGCCUUCCGAACUCCAGCAUGAGAAGAAGGAGUCUGCACCAGAUCAGGGGUACCAAAUGGUACAGUCGCCAGGCCAAGCACAGGCAAGCGCACCACACAGCGGCCACAGCAUGUACGUGGAAGGAAUACCAGAGGGCUUUUCUGAGGAGAACGUGCGACAGAUCUUCGGCCAGUAUGCAACAAUUGUCUCUGUCAAAUUCGUACCUGCUGGGAAGGGAGCCUCGCAGUCAUGGCUGCUCGAAUGUGGAAGGGCGGAGGAGGCCAAGUAUUUCCUCGACACCCUGAACGGAAACAUCCCGCAAGGUCUGCAGCAACCAGUUGCAAUAAGACCGGGAUCAGGUCCUACGGAGGAUCCACAUUCCAUGCAACUAGUGCCUAUACAGGGCAAGGGGAAGAGCAAGGCCGACAUCCCACAAUUGACUCUAUACGUCACAGGUCUUCCCGCGAACUCCACAGAAGACAGCCUCCGUGAUUUCUUCGUGCAGUAUGGAGACGUAUACAGCAGCAAGGUGCUGCCCCCCUCCGGCAAGUCCACCAGGGCAGGCUUCAUCCGCAUGGCGCAAGUUGAAGCUGAGUGGGCCAUUGAGAACCUCAACAACUUCCAGCCUGAGGGCUAUCCCGGACCGCUUACUGUGACAUAUCCGAAGGAUCAUUCUGACAAGGGCAAAGGCAAGGGCUACCAGUUUGAUGCUUCGUCUAUGUCAAAUGGCGGGGCUGCAUUUGGCAAGGGCGACUAUGCCGACAGCUUCAAGGGCGACGCGGGCAAGUCUUGGGGCGGUGAGAAGGGCGAAUCUUGGGGAAAUGGCACCGAUGUGAAGAGCGUAUUCAACAGUGGGCCCAAAGGCAUGUGGAGCUCCAAGGGCGCACCCCAGGGAAAGGAAAAGGGAUGGGGGAAAGACAAGGGCAUGGACAAAGGGAAGAGCGCCAAAUCCGAAAUGGCUGGAUGGGACGGUAAUUACGGAGGUUGUUGGGGCAAGGGAGGUGGCAAGACGUUUGCAAAGGGCAAGAGCAAGAAGGGGCCGUAUUAG